UCGCUAUAAUGCGCAGGGCGGCAUGGUUACAUCACAACCGCGGAACCCUAAAUCCACGAAUUCGUUUUCCACUAUAAAGACUACCGCAUCUUCUGAUUUCGUCUCUUGGCGAAGUGGCUACGUAGCUCUGUAGCUAGGGUUUUUCUGAAACUUGCAUCAUGGGCAAAGGAACAGGAAGCUUCGGUAAGAGGAGGAACAAGACUCACACGCUCUGUGUGAGAUGCGGACGCCGCAGCUUUCAUCUCCAGAAGAGCAGAUGUGCUGCCUGUGGUUACCCUUCAGCCCGUACCAGGAAAUAUAACUGGAGCGUGAAGGCUAUUAGGAGGAAGACAACUGGAACUGGUCGGAUGAGGUAUCUCCGCCACUUGCCCCGCAGAUUCAAGACCAACUUCAGAGAAGGGACUCAAGCAACUCCAAGGAAGAGCGGAGCAGCCGCUUCCUUUUAAGGUGUAGGAGGAAGCAUUGGAGCGUGAUUUUGGUAGUUUGUUUUAAUUUCAAAGUUUAUGAAUUCUGGAAACUGGUUUCCCGGUUUUGUUUGGAGAGUGUCAUAGCCACAUAUUUUGUUAGAGGUGGAUGAUUGACAAUUUAUUAACAUCCUCUUUGGAUUAUUAUUCUUAA